AUGAGGAGAGAAUGGCGCGGCUACGCGCGGUCGCGUGCCCAAGCGUAUGCGCGUCUGCGGGGGCUAGCGGAGUGUAGAACCGAGCAGGACGACGAGGAGCUAUUCCCCGUCCGCGAAUAUUUCCAUUCUACACCCAAUCUGUCACCUCGCAUUUCCGACCUGCCAUUGCCGCCGCCCCUUCGCACCACCUUUCCGAUAAAUGCUCAUACCUCCGGCCAGCCCGACCAUACCACAUCGUACGUCCUCAUGUGUCCCCUUGCGUCCGACCCCCCACCGCUUGAGCUUACGCAUGGUCGCCAUGAGGCAGCAUCGCUCAGCAGGCCCGUAGAUGUCGUUGAGCGACCCCCAACGCUGUUCCACACUCUUCGACAAGAUGAACAACAUUCCGUCCUUAGCCUUGCCGCCGACGCGAGUCAUAUUUAUAACGGAAGUCAGAGUGGCGAUAUUUGUGUUUGGGACAAGCGCACCCUCAAGCUGAAGACUACGCUCAAGGGGCACACUGGCAGCAUCCUUGCCCUCGAGUACGCCGCAGACAAGGAAUGGCUCUUCAGCGCAUCCGGAGAUAGUACCGUUCGCGUAUGGAGCACACGAACUCUGUUACCACUCUAUGUUAUCAACCCCCAUGGAGAGACUGACGCCGGAGACCUCUUCUCCUUGGCUUGGUGUCCGAUUAAUCAGACGCUAUACAUAGGAUGCCAGGACACAUCUCUUCAAUGGUUCACAUUCCAUGCAUCCGUUCUUCCGCUUCCCAUAUCUGCAUCUUCUUCCCAUGAUUCUGACUCGCCGCCUGCAAAUGGCUGGUCCACUCCGACUUCACGCCGCGUACACAAGUUUUUCGACAGUUAUCCACAGUAUACUCGACGUCCCGCUGAUCUGAAUGCUAGAAAUCCUACAUGUUCCUCAUCGUCGCAGGGCUCACUUCCUCCAACUCCCCCACUCACAUCUUCUUCUUUGCCUAGCACAUCUGGUUCGCCAUCUAGUAUCCCCAAACAACUUCGGAAUGACCCGAUUUAUCGUCCUCUUGCUGUGCUGCAAGUGCCACCGCCGAAUGUCAUCUACUCCGCGCAUUAUGGUUAUGUAUAUUGCAUGUCACUUGUACCCAGUCUGCGGGAAGGAUCUGAUCAUGUCCCAUUCGGCUCCGAAGCCGACGGAGGGCGACGGAAUCUGCAGCUAGUGACAGGUAGUGGAGACGAGACUGUUAAGCUGUGGGCAUUGUCUGUGGGAAACCCUGUGCCAAGCUUACAGCACACGUUUGAAUGCGCAAGCGGUGCUGUUCUCGCGCUGGUAGCGCGGAGUGAGACUGUCUUCGCGGGCUGCCAAGAUGGUCAUGUCAAGGUCUGGGAUCUGGAGACGCGAACGCUCAUACGAAGUCUGAUAAUAGUUGAAAAUGUAGACAUUCUAUCUAUGUCAAUGCUGCAUUCGGAUCUAUACGUGAGUUCGGCGAAUGGAGAGCUCCAACGAUGGUCGGCAGCGUUCGACCUCACCGCGUCUUGGAAAGCACAUGAGGGAAUCGUGCUCUCGUCGACAGUGACAUAUUCUUCAUGGGCCUCUCCAUCCGCAGCAACCACCGACAACGACCCCCAGAAUGCAAAGCAAGCUCUAUGGCUGGCUGGCGAGAUUUGUGCUGACGGCUGUGGCCGGAAGCUGUGGGAGAUCCAGCCACCGGAACCACCGAAGCAUGGUCGACUGUCUGUCCUGACAGAUGCGGGACUGGAUUUGAGCGACUGUGAUGUCGAGACCAUGGUAUAUGCGCUGUCGAAGUUUGUAUCUAUUCCUAGUGUGAGCAAUUCUUGCGUGCACCGCGAAGAUUGUCGCCAGGCCGCCAUUUGGCUGCGAAAGUGCUUCACUCAGCUUGGAGCAGAAGCAUCAUUGCUAGCAACGGGUGAAGGUACAAAUCCAUUGGUUCUUGGGACUUUCCACGGCACUCAGACCAUGCAUAAGAGGCCGCGUAUAUUGUUUUACGGACAUUAUGACGUGAUCGCUGCCUCUGCGAGGGGAUGGUCCUCCGAUCCGUUCACACUCACCGGUCGUAAUGGCUAUCUGUACGGCCGCGGUGCGACGGACAACAAAGGUCCUAUAAUGGCUGUUGCGUGUGCUGCAGCAGAUUUACUCAGUCGACGUGCGUUGGAGUUAGAUUUGGUGAUGUUGAUUGAAGGUGAGGAGGAGGCGGGUAGUGGCGGGUUCGUGGAAGCAGUAAGGAGGAACAAGGAUGCGAUUGGCCCGAUAGACGCCAUCCUCGUGAGCAAUUCAACAUGGAUUGCGGAAGACACGCCGUGUAUUACAUAUGGAUUACGUGGCGUCGUGCACUGUAAUGUGGAGAUCUCGAGCGAAGGGCCAGAUCGCCAUUCCGGUGUAGAUGGAGGUGCGGCAGCGGAGCCUAUGCUGGAUAUGCUGAAAAUUCUAGGCACACUCAUUGAUGGGGACAAGCGCGUUACAAUCCCUAACUUUUAUGACAGCGUCCGUCCCCUUGCCUCGGAUGAGGAACAGUCGUAUACAGUAAUUUCCAAACUUACGGGAACACCGGCAUCAUCUCUCGCAUCGCGUUGGCGCGAGCCAUCGUUGACUAUCCACAGCGUAGAGGUCUCUGGCCCUCGAAACUCGACUGUUAUUCCCGCAACGGUGAAAGCGCACGUAUCUAUACGUAUCGUUCCAGAUCAGGGUUUGGACGCCAUAGCCACCGCACUGAGGGAAUAUCUAGAGGCCUCUUUCGCCCAAUCGCAAUCAUUAAAUACACUCCAUGUAAACAUCGACCGUACGGCCGAUUGGUGGCUCGGAAAUUUGGACGAUGCGUGGUUCCGUGCCCUUGAAGAUGCUGUGCGAGAUGAAUGGGGCGUUGAACCUCUACGUAUUCGGGAAGGGGGGGCAAGUCUAUCCUUUCUGACAUUCACUCCAAACAUUCUGGUAUUUACACUUUGUCUACAGUCGAUCCCUUCUAUCCCCUACCUUGAGAAGGAAUUCUCUUGUCAUGCUCUCCAUCUUCCUCUCGGUCAGAGUUCGGACCAAGCACAUUUGCCUGACGAGCGUAUUUCACUGUCGAAUUUGCAACGUGGCAAAAUCGUUGUAAAGCGAUUCUUACUUAACGCUGCUCAGCUGGCAGAGCCUUCGGCAUGUGACUAG